CUGCCUUCCUGAUGUAAGGAGCUCUGCCCAGAGUCAUGGUUUCAGUUCCAGGUCUAUGAUCUGCUCACCCACCCGGGUCAUGGCUGUGUCUGCAGUACCUUCUCARACCUUUGGGUUCUCGUCUCGUUCUGCGAUGGAAAACAAGACGAGACAUAGAGAAACCAGCACKGUCCAGAGCAGCUUCCACACCUCCCACAUGCUCAACAGAAGCAGGCGCUCAAAGUCCCUGUGCCAGGAGGACCAAAACAUAUURCCUCCCACAGCGGGGGUUUAUCCAGAGAAUUCCUCCAUCCCAUUACCUGUGCCUUCAUCUGGCAGCCUCAGGCGCAGCCUCAGUGGAAUUCUAGCCCAGGAAAGAGGCCACUGGCAGGAGGAGGAGCUCCCAUAUCAGCACAUCUACAAAGGCCCGUCUCACCGCACCAUCAGCCGAAUCACCAACAGGCAGCAGUAUUCCCAACAGCAGACCUCUGGGUUUGGUCAGGAUGGCUGGCUGGGCAAUGGCAAGGGGGUCACCAGUGCUGGUAACAACUGGGGAGGACAGCACACAUCCAGGGCCAACCACAGCRUAAGCACUUUCCAGAAUGCUUCUCUGCACCGGGCCGCCUCGCUCCACUCUCUGAGGAGUGUGGGUAAAGGAGCAGAUAUUGCGGAUGCAGCAUCCAUACACAGCAACGACCCACUGGCAGAGUUGCAGAGUCUCGAUAUGACUACAGCUGUUAAAUAUCUGUCUGAGACGAAGUCUGGCUUGCAAGUUUUGGGAGCUGCCUACAUACAGCACCAGUGUUACCACAGCAAUGAAGCCAAAAACCAGGUCCGAGUUCUUGGUGGCAUUCCAGCUCUGGUGCACCUCUUCACAAUUGACAAUGUGGAAGUGCAGCGUUACGCUACCGCUGCCACAAGGAAUCUCAUCUAUGAGAACACUGACAACAAAGCAGCUCUCAUCCAAGCAGGUGGACUAACGCCUCUUGUAAACAUACUGAAYCAACCGGAUGAAGAACUUCAGAAGACCAUUACAGGUGUCUUGUGGAAUCUGUCCUCUAGAGACAACCUGAAGGAGAGACUUUCUGUUGAAGCUUUACAGCUGCUCACUGAGAAGAUACUGGUUCCACUGUGCAAGAGCAUCCCACUAAAUCCAUCUGAGAGAGAAAUCUUUUACAACACCACCGGCUGCCUCAGGAACUUGAGCUCAGUGAACGAGAGAACAAGAAGGAAGAUGAGAUCAAUGCACGGUCUGGUGGACUCUUUGGUGAGCUACAUACAGCAGGAAGAAAAAGGAGAUGAUAAGGGUUUGGAGAACUCCAUGUGUGUCAUGAGGAAUCUGUCGUACCAGCUGUACGCGGAGCUUCCCCCCUCAGUCCGCCUCCACCUGGAGGGCCCAUCCAGAGCCUCCGCCUCCAAAGACAGCAACACCAUCGGCUGCUUUACGCUGCACAGCAAGAAAAACAACGAGCAGCAGCGUUACCAGAAUCUGCACACGCUCGCCCAACCUAAAGGGUCCGAGUGGCUGUGGCACCCUAAGGUGGUGUCGCUGUACAAGCUGGUUCUGCAGAGCAGCAGCAACAGUUUAACCACGCGCGAAGCUGCUCUGGGAGCGCUGCAGAAUAUCACGGUGGGAGAAGCCCGGUGGUCCUCAGUGUUGAGUGUUGUGGUGAUGGAGCAGGAGAGGAUGCUGCCCAUCCUGCUGGAUCUUUUGGAUACCAGCAGUGAGAUGCAGCUGAGGCCUCUGACCGGCCUGCUGAGGAACCUGGCCCGGCACGCCACAAACAAAGAUCACAUGGCUAAAAGCAUGGUGAACGUUCUGGUGUCCAUGCUGCCCAGUGAUGGUCUUCAGAAGACCCCGUCCAGUGAGGUGGUAGUCAACAUCUGCGGGGCCCUCAAUCACCUGGUCACCUGCAGCUCCCUGGCAGCCCGAGACAUUGCCUACUUCAACGGUAUUCCAAAGCUGGUGGGCAUCAAGAUGUCCCACGAUAACAGCUCAGGGAGUCUGAAAGCUGCCAGAGCGGCCUCAACCGUCCUCUGCAACAUGUUUCAGUACAACAAGCUGCACAAGGAUUACAAACUGAGAGGAUUUACCAAACAGAACUUCAUAGAUCCCAGCUUGUAAUCUACAGAAAACCUCAAUCAAGUCCCAGCGUGAGAGGAGACUGUAACCAUGGGAAGUGUUGGAACGACUGUCCACAGAAGAUGAUUCAUGAACAUGGAGCCACUGAAACCCAAGAUUCCCCUCGUUCUGGUGGCCUGGGGGCUGUAAUGUUUGUAAUGCUUUCACUGAUAUGUUCCAUGUGCUUUUAUGUCUUUGUGACACUGAUGGAUUCUCACUAACGAACCAACAGUGAAGCUGAAGGUGUGUGUAUGUAUGUGUGUGUGUGUGUGUUUUUGUGUGUGUCAAAGUGCCUCUAACAUUUGUAGCCUUUACUUAAUGUUGUACAUACUUAAAACCUUCUGGUUUAUUUUGACCCUGUGAUGUGGUUAUGGUUGUGCUGUCACAUUUCUUUAGUAACUGAACAAGCAGAGUUGGUGUUUUUUCAGAUUGAUGCUGAGAAUCUUUAAAGUGCCUGUGACGUGCCCAUCCAUCAAACACAAAAAAUCAUCAGUGAUUUUUUGAUGAUGAUGAUGAUGAUGAUGAUGAUGAUGAUGAUGAUGA